AUGACUCUCAGCGCGGAGAUGUCCGCGGCCGCCUCGGCGCUGGCCGAAGACCCGGACAUCGACGUGGUGGGCGAGGGCGAGGCGGGCGAGGAGGACGACGACGCCGACGAGGAGGACGAGGAGGAGCCCCUGCGCCGGCGCCGCCUCCCGGGGGGCGAGGAGGACGAGGACGACGAGGAGGACGACGAGGAGGAGAGCGGCUCGCAGCUGGGCCGCUCCCCCGGGGCCGGCGCGGCGGGCGGCUCCCCGGGCUCCGGCUCGCCCUCGCCGCCCGCCUCGCCCCCGCCGGGCCCUCCGCGGGCGGGCGGCGGCGGCGGCAAGGGCAGCCUGGUGAAGCCGCCCUACUCGUACAUCGCGCUCAUCACCAUGGCCAUCCUACAGAGCGCCAAGAAGCGGCUGACGCUGAGCGAGAUCUGCGAGUUCAUCAGCGGCCGCUUCCCCUACUACCGGGAGAAGUUCCCCGCCUGGCAGAACUCCAUCCGCCACAACCUCUCGCUCAACGACUGCUUCGUCAAGAUCCCCCGCGAGCCGGGCAACCCGGGCAAGGGCAACUACUGGACGCUGGACCCGGAGUCGGCCGACAUGUUCGACAACGGCUCCUUCCUCCGCCGCAGGAAGCGCUUCAAGCGCCAGCCGCUCCCGCCGCCCGACCUGCUGCUCCGGGGGCUCGAGCCCGCCGCCCCCCCCGCCGCCGCCUUCCUGCCGGCCGCCCCGCCGCCGCCCCCGCCGCCCUUCGCCUACGCUCCCUACGGCUGCGCCGCCGCCGCCGCCGCCUACGGCCUCCCGCUGCAGCCCUUCGCGCCCGCCUCGCCGCUCUUCGCCUUCCAGCAGCCGCCGCCGCCGCCGGCCCGGCGAGCCCCAGCCAGCCCGGUCCUGCCCGGCCCGCCGCAGCCAGAGCCGCCCCGGACUGCUCGCUUCGGCUACGCGGCGCAGCUGAGCCCGGCCCUGGGCGCCUCGCUGCACGCCAAGAGCGGCGCCGCGGCCCUGGCCCGCUCGCCCUUCUCCAUCGAGAGCAUCAUCGGGCGCAGCCUGAGCCCCGCCGCUGGCAGCAGCUGCGCCUCCCAGUCGGCCGGGCUGCCGGGCCUGGCCCGCUCCUUGAUGGCCUCCUCGCCGCCCUCGCCCUCGCCCGCCGCCGCCGCCGCCUCGCUCGGGGCUCUGCGCCCGGGGACCGCCUUGGCCGCCGUCGAGAACUUCGCCGCUCGGAUCUCCAAUUGCUAAAGGCCGCGCCGCAGGUAGGAGCCGGGCUCUUUGUCGCGCGCUCUCCCUGGGGAAGGAACGCCGAGAGCCCCUUCCCUAGGCAGGCGCCUCCCUGGGCUGCAGCCCCUCUAUUUAUGCGAAGCCAUUUCUGCAUGCUGCACAGGCAGAGGGACGCUGGCAGAAGAGGGGCCCGGAUUUCUUUCCUUUAAAACAGUAGCCUAAAUCGGUCAGAAAUUCUUGGGUCCGGUGCUCGAAACCGCAGCCACAACCUAAAGGCCCACAUAAGCACACCUUAAUGAUGACAAACACACAAAAACGUAUCUCGAGGAAGGACAGCCAAGCAACAUGCUUUAUUUCAAUGUAGUUCUCUUAUGUAUUUUUAUAUAUGAAAUGAUUAACAUGUUUACACAGAAAAGAGUCGAGAUUAUCAUUUCUUUUAACCUGUGUUUUUGUAUCAUAAUAGUCUAUGGAGGAUUUUUUAAAAAGAAAAUGUACUUUAUGCAUAUUCUUUACCAGGAAUAUUGUUAAGAUUACUGGCAAGUGUUAUUGUUACCAUUCUUAUUUGUAACAACACUUUUUUUACACAUUUCCAAAAAUAAAGCCAUUAAUAUUCGACAAAAUAAACACAACAACUGGCUUUAGGUCUUCAGAUCUUCACCAUACAAUCCUAAAGUCCAUUUUCCCGAAAAUAACGUCCUGAUUCUGCUUAGGAUUGCACUGCCAGUGCCCCCCCCCUCAAAAAACUUUUAAUACUUGCUUUACUGUAUUACUUGAUCCUACGAAUACUUUUGGUUCCUGGGUAGACGGAUCAUCAAUUGUUGAAAAGCAGCACCGCAAAAUCCUCCCCCCCCCCCCUCCAAUAGGCUCACCGACCGGCCCACAAUCUAGCACCAGGGAAGAUGCUGCACUUAAGCCAGUGGGACCCCCCGGAACGUCCCAGGAAGCAGCGCCCCCUUGUCCCCAGCUGGGCGUCUCGGUCUGGAGCUCAGGACCGCGGCCACGGUGGAGGUUCCCGGCGAGGCCCGCAUAGGGACUUUAUUGAUAUAUCAGGCGGUGAAAAGAUUAUUUUGAAGCCUUUGUAAAUAAAAAAAAAUCGUGAAAACAGAAAGGACUAACCAAAGAAAACUGGUGAUGGAUAAUUUCAGCUUACUCUACAGGCUGUGAUAUUUUAU